UCCAAGAUUAGUACGAGUGUUGAAGGCGUGGGAGAGCAUACCUUCUAUAAUAUUCCCUACGAUUGUUGCUUUUUGUUGACGUAGAAACAAACCCUCAAAACCUCACUCCAAUCAUCAUCAACACAAGCAAAUCCGCCAUAGCAGCAAUGAGCAACGAAUACGAUUAUCUCUUCAAACUCCUGCUCAUAGGAGACUCUUCUGUUGGAAAAUCAUGCCUUCUUCUCAGAUUCGCUGAUGAUUCUUAUGUUGAUAGUUACAUAAGCACCAUUGGAGUUGAUUUUAAAAUUAGGACUGUGGAGCUGGAUGGGAAGACAAUCAAGCUGCAGAUUUGGGAUACUGCUGGCCAGGAGCGGUUUCGUACUAUAACAAGUAGUUACUACAGAGGAGCACAUGGGAUAAUCAUUGUGUAUGAUGUCACUGAUAUGGAGAGCUUCAACAACGUGAAGCAGUGGCUAAGUGAAAUCGAUAGAUAUGCAAACGAAUCAGUCUGCAAGCUUCUUGUAGGAAACAAAUGUGAUCUUGUUGAGAACAAGGUUGUUGACACACAAACAGCCAAGGCAUUUGCAGAUGAGCUUGGGAUCCCUUUCCUUGAGACCAGUGCAAAAGAUUCGGUCAAUGUGGAACAAGCUUUCUUGACAAUGGCUGCUGAGAUUAAGAAAAAAAUGGGUAACCAGACAUCAGGUGGCAAGAAGUCAGGAAGCACUGUUCAAAUCAAAGGGCAGCCAAUUGAGCAGAAGAGCAAUUGUUGUGGUUAAUAUUGUAUUUUGGAUUUAUGUUGAUGCUCAAAGGAUGUAGUAUGAAAUGACUUUUUUCUCCUUGUAAAAUGUUGCAGACUUUUAACCAAACCCCUUCAACUUCUUUGUGUUAUCUUAGCUUUAACUCCUGUUAAAUCUUUGACAACACUUUUCCA